GGGAGAAGAUGGCGGAAAAUUUGAAAGGUUGUAGCGUGCCCUGUAAGCUGUCCCUGGACCAGCUGCAGACGCGGUGUCGUCAGGAAAAGGUCUCGUGCAAGCUGCUGGGCGUCAGCAAGAACAACAUCAACGACUAUGAGGUGGAGUACCUGUGCGACUACAAGAGGAUGAAGAUAUCGCAGACGUCCGUGCUGCAGGUAAACGCCGGCCGAACCCACACGCUCGGCUCGCUGGCUAAACUGCUCCGGAGUAAAAAGGCGGUGGAGUUCUACCUGGUGAAGUGGAAGGACUACCCCGAGUCGGAGAACACGUGGGAGCCGCGCCGGAACCUGAAGUGCGUGAAGCUGCUGCGGCAGUUCCAGGAGGACCUGGAGGCGGAGCUGCGUCGCCGGCGGAAGCGCGCGGGCGGGGCGCGGCUGGACCCGGGCGUGGCCUCCUCCCUGGUGCAGCGCGCGCGCCAGCGUCAGCGGCUCCAGCGCUGGGAGGCGCUGCUCAACGCCACGCGCAACCACAAGGGCCGCAUCUUCGUCCGCAACGACGCCGACCUGGACGGGCCGCCGCGCGACUUCACCUACAUCAACAACUACAAGACGGGCGACGGCAUCGCGCUGACGGAGGUGGCCGUGGGCUGCGAGUGCCAGGACUGCCUGGGCGCCCCGGCCGGGGGCUGCUGCGCCGGGGCCUCGCUGCACCGCUUCGCCUACAACGAGCGCGGCCAGGUGCGGCUGCGCGCCGGCCUGCCCAUCUACGAGUGCAACUCCCGCUGCCGCUGCGCCGCCGACUGCCCCAACCGCGUGGUGCAGCGCGGCAUCCAGUACGACCUCUGCAUCUUCAAGACCCACGACGGCCGCGGCUGGGGCGUGCGCACCAUGGAGCACAUCCGCAAGAACUGCUUCGUCAUGGAGUACGUGGGGGAGAUCAUCACCACGGAGGAGGCGGAGAGGAGGGGCCACAUCUACGACCGGCAGGGCGCCACCUACCUGUUUGACCUGGACUACGUAGAGGACGUGUACACGGUGGACGCCGCGCACUACGGGAACAUCUCACACUUCGUCAACCACAGCUGCAACCCCAACCUGCAGGUGUACAACGUCUUCAUCGACAACCUGGACGAGAGACUCCCCCGGAUCGCCUUCUUCUCCACGCGGCCAAUCAGAGCAGGCGAGGAGCUCACCUUCGACUACAAAAUGCAGAUCGACCCGGUGGAUGCUGAGAGCACCAAGAUGGACUCCAACUUCAGCCUGGCCGGGCUCACCGGCUCUCCUAAAAAGCGCCUCCGUGUGGAGUGCAAGUGUGGGGUGGAGUCCUGCAGGAAGUACCUGUUUUAGCAUUAUUUUACACUCCCUGUCUUACCUUUGCCCUGCCACAUAAAUAUGUGUACAUAUGUAUAGGUAUAGUAUAUAUAUAUAUAUAUAUAUAUGUACACAUGCACAUAUAUGAAUGUGUAUAUAUGUAUGUGUGUGUGUGUGUGUGUGUGUGUGUGUGUGUGUGUGUGUGUGUGUGUGUGUGUGUGUGUGUGUUUCUUCUGGAGAAACAGUUUUGCAGAUUGCUCCGCCCCCCACCCCAGAUAACUAUCUUGUGGGCAGUGGCCUGGAAUGAUGAUGUCACAGGGAUUUUAGCAUUUCAUCUUUUAUUUUUGUAUUUUUUUUAUUUUUAUCAUGGUGCUGUCAGGAUAUCCACUCAUCUGAUUUGCUUUAUCUGCAUUCGGAAUCAGAACUUGCUGCCUCGGUGCUGGGUCAGCAUUUUGGGGUUGGGUCAGUGCUGCUGGGUUAGUGUUUUGGGGUUGGGUCAGUGCUGCUGGGUUAGCGUUUCGGCAUUGAGUCCUAGUUGUAGCAUUGGACGGCGUGUCCAUUCUGGGUAUCGUGAAUUCAUGUGCGGUCUGUAUGGAAAAUGGUUGGCUAUCUGGGGUUAAAGAUGACCAGUUAGUGUGCUGAAUUCAGACCUUCAGACCGCUAGACUCCUCCCACAGCCCAUUUCAGCCAAUGACUGACCUCUAGGUGAUUAAUGUGUCUGUUCUGCUCUCUCUGUGCCAGUGUAAUAUCAAAAUGCAUAUUUAUGCAUAAUCUUUUGUUUUCUGUGUGUACAUAUGUUUAUAUGAAAUGGAAGUGUUUUUAGUGUCUGCAUGUUAAGCAGCGGCAUGCUACAGUGAUAAAAAUCUAUUUUCUGUGGCCUGUCAUUUCUGUGAUCAGUCAUUUGAGGAAAUCCUGCCGAAUGUGUCUAACAAGUACGUGAAGCAGUCGUUUUGAGUGCACGUCUCAUCAGAUCUGAGAACGCUCCAGCGGAGUGUUGUUUCAGGUCGCAUGUGACCGUGCCACAUGAGGCCGGUUAGUGGAAUUGUAUUUGAUUGUAUUUGCUUGUUUGUGUGUGUUCUGAGAAGCAGUGUCAAUGUAGUAACUUAAGGAAUGCUAUGCUGGUUGUUUGGAGACAUGCGUUUGAAGUUCAGAUGACAGAUCUGCAGAUCAGAUGUAAGUUAGCAUUUGGCGACAGCUUCCUGUUCCUUGUCUCACUGGCUCAGUGUUGGGACUUGGAGAGACUGCAGACCCUUCCAACACCUGUGGUCCUCAGGCCUUUUAGUCCCAAGUGCUGCCGCAUUAACCCUCACUUUUUGCUUUCCAUCUGUUUGAUUCCUUGCAAUUUUGGCAACCAAGCCAGCUUUUGAUGCAAAAGCAACAGCUAGCAAGCUGGCCAAUGAAAAUAUUCGCUGCUAGCUUGUAAACUACCUCUGAUUAUGGGCGGCGUGACGUCGCAGCGGCUCCUCUGUGGAGAUCCUGCCUGGCGAUCUGUUAUUGGUCUGCAUUCUCCUCAGAACUCUGAAAGGUGACCGCUUGCAAGGCAUUGUGGUUAUAAGUAGUCUGCGGAGCCUCUCCCCGGAACGCGCACGCAAAGGAGUCUGGGAAGCGCCCUCACGGCAGGGCUGGGUCGACACUCGGACAGCUAGGACCGCUGGCCGCACGGACCGCCAACACCACGCCCAAUCAGCCCACAUCACUAACCCCCGCUCCCUGAAGCCUGCGGCUGCUCCUGUGUGUCUCCUGUUGCUUUUAAUGUUUAAUGCCUUCAUGUUGUUGUUGUUUUUUUAUUUUACUAUUUUUUUUAUAUACUUUUUUUAUUAUUCAUCUUGUCCUGAAGUCUUGCAAAUUAACUAAGUCUGAAUGGUUUGCAAAUGGAAUUGAUAUUCAUUUGAAAUGUAACCACUGCAUUCUCACUGCGCUAUCAGUUGGAUCUGUAAGUAACUGGAUGGUUAGCAUUUCAGUGGACCGUGUGUGUGAUCUGGAGGACCCAGGGUCUUGUACAGCUGACUGCGGCAAGGUGGUGCAGUUACGCUUGUCACAGUUUACCAGGGUGACAUCUCACAUGUAAACCAAUUUAAGGAAAUUUUAAAUAAAUUUUACUUUUUUGUAUAAUAUUCAGUAUAUUCUUUUAAGGGAAUCCCUGGGAAGGGGAGGUACCACAGGUGAACAGGAAGAUGAAUGAAUCAGAAUGGCAUGAUGAAAUGCUGGCUCUGUGGCCUUUCCGUCUCCUGGCAAAUGUGGACAUAAUUUGUAUUAAGACUUUAAAAAAAAAAUUUAUGCAAAUUGGCUCAUGGGAAAUAAAUAUGAAGCCUGGUGCUGAGAAGCUCCCUCUGCUGGAGAGUUACGGUAGUGCUUUCACAGCUUACCCAGAGCGCUGUACGACGCCGUGCAUAACCAGAACCAAGGGCAAGUUUGCUGAAAGACCCUAGACAAAUGCAGUUCCAAGUGGUAACAAUGACCACAAAGAUAAGAAGUUGGACCUUGUAGAUUAAUCUGAUGAAACGAAUGAAAGUAAAACUGUCUUGGCAAACUAAUAAUAAAAUAGGUAUACACAAUUGUGAGAACUAAAAUAAAUAGUUCGAAAUAUA